ACUUCGCCAUCCCCGCUCUCCAAUGAUCAAAGUCUUAUAACUAACAAAAAGCAGGUAUGGGGGAUCGAAAACGUCCGAGGGAAGAACCAGUAACUGCCAACAGUUUGGUGACCCCCAGAAAGAGAAAAAUCUCGCGGCGAGGUGAUGAUUUUCAUGACUGGACUGUUGAGGACACUUGCAGUUACCUUAUAGAAGAAGGGUUCAACGAAUGGGCAAGUAUCUUCAGAGAACAAAAAAUCACAGGUGUGGGCUUGCGGUAUCUUACUGAUGCACUGCUGGAGAAGAUGGGGAUAGGACCCCUGGGCGUGAGACUAGAGAUUCUCCACUCUUUACAGAAACUGUGGCGGAUUUCAGCAGAUCUGAUGAAGGUUUCCAACGACCCCAUCCACGGACACAUUGAAAUACACCCUCUUCUAGUCCGGAUCAUAGACACACCCCAAUUCCAAAGGCUCCAACAUAUCAAACAACUGGGGGGGACUUAUCUGGUUUUUCCUGGAGCAUCUCACAACCGUUUUGAACACAGUAUUGGAGUUGGGCAUCUUGCGGGUCGGCUCGUCCAGGCCCUGAAUGAAAAGCAACCAGAACUGCUCAUAACACGACAGGACAUCCUGUGCGUCCAAAUCGCCGGUUUGUGCCAUGACUUGGGACAUGGCCCAUUCUCUUAUGUGUAUGAUGACAUGUUUAUCCCGAACGUUCGUUCUGACAUCAAGUGGAAGGUAAACAAUGACCAAAUGUUUGACCACAUGGUCAAGGUGAAUAAUCUGGAGCCUGUAAUGAAGGAGCAUAGUUUGACCUUGCCUGAUGACCUUGUGUUGAUUAAGGAGCAAAUUGCUGGACCCCUUCAUCUCCCAGUCUCAGCCACAGAGGACACAACCCAAUGGCCUUACAGAGGAAGACCUAAGGAGAAGGCCUUUCUCUAUGAGAUUGUGGCAAAUAAGAGAAAUGGCAUUGAUGUUGAUAAAUGGGACUAUUUUGCUAGAGAUUGUUAUCACCUUGGUCUCCAGAACAAUUUUGAUCAUCGCCGUUUUCUGAAGUUUGCCCGUGUCUGUGAGGUGGACAGCGAGAAACAGAUUUGUACCAGAAACAAGGAGGCACAUAAUAUAUAUGAUUUGUUUGAAACUCGUACGUCUCUGCAUCGUACAGCCUACCAGCACAGAGUGAGCAGUCUCAUUGAGCACAUGAUUGCAGAGGCCUUUGUGAAGGCUGAUCCCUACAUUCACAUCCAGGACUCCGGGGGAAAGAGGUUCUCUAUCUCUAAAGCCAAAGAUGACAUGGAGGCCUACACCAAACUUACAGACCACAUAUUUGAAAAAAUCCUUUACUCCUCCUCUCCGGAGCUGACGAAAGCAAGAGACAUCCUCCAGAAGAUCAUCUGCAGACAGCUCUACAAAUUUGUUGGGGAGACCCACCCAACAGAUUUUGAUGAAAACUUGCAGAAAUGCUAUUCAGACAUGGCAAAAGGCUUGGCACGCUCCAAACCACACAACAUAGACACUGAGCUGAAAGCUAAGGACUUUAUGGUCAUUGUAAUUAAUUUUGACUAUGGUAUGAAGGACAAGAACCCAAUCGAGGAUCUCCACUUCUACAGCAAGUACAAUCAGAAUGUAGCCAAAAAGAUCCCCAAAGAACAGGUCUCCAAACUCCUGCCAGAGAAGUUUGCUGAACAGUUGAUCAGGGUGUACUGUAAGAAGACAGAUGAGAAGAGCAUUGAGGCAGCCAAGAAGUACUUUGAACAAUGGCGCAAAAAUGGUGCAGAAACUUUUGUGCCAGAGGAUUGCUAUCACAAAGGCUCUGGGGGAAAGAUGUUCUCCAUCUCCUCAGCCAUAGAUGACAUGGAGGCCUACACCAAACUCACAGGGGCUUUCAUGAAGGCUGAUCUCCACAUUCAGAUCCAGGGCUCUGGAGGAAAGAUAUUCACCACCUCCUCAGCCAUAUAUGACAUGGAGGCCUACACCAAACAGACAGCCUUCACCUAUUCCUCCUAA